UGUGCGUGAAUGCGUGCGUGUGUGUGUCCGUGUGUGUGUGUGUGGCCACUCAGUGUCACUUCCGUGUCAUGUGAAGAUUGUCCUGCGUCCACCGCUGCCUGUAACGAUUUGACUACGAUGCGAUCUGUUCCAGAGGAGGUGACCACGCUGAUCUCAGAUCUAGAGCAUUUCCUCAACGAUGGGUUAAAAGCGGAAAAUUUAAGUAAAAAGGCAAAGGAGAAAAGGGAAGCCUUAGCCAAAAGGAUUCGCGACGUCAGACUGAGUUUUCCACAUGAGUUCAAGGACAAAUUAGGUGGAGAUGACUCCGAGAAGGAGGAGGAAGCUGAUAGCAACAACGACAGAGAGUCCCUGCAGUCGGAGCGCACGGACAAAGAUGACGACACGUAUGAAGGUGCCCAGCAGUCUCCACCAGUGGCAGCCCAGGACCUGACAUCUGUCUUCAAGGCAGGCUACCUGGAGAAACGCAGAAAAGAUCACAGCUUCUUCGGCACUGAGUGGCAGAAGAGAUGGUGUGCUCUCAGUCACCAUACGUUCUACUAUUAUGGCAGUGAGAAAGACAAGCAGCAGAAAGGUGAGUUCAGUAUUGACGGCUACUCUGUCAAAAUGAUCAACACCCUGAGGAAGGACUCAAAGAAAGACUGCUGCUUUGAGAUUUGCGCCCCAGAAAAGCGGGUCUACCAGUUUUGUGCGUCAUCAGUCAAAGAGGCGGAGGACUGGGUGCAACAGAUAGACUUUGUUUUGAGAGACUUGACAGGCGUGAUCCCAGAAGAAGAGUAUGAACAGGAAAUGUACGACGAUGUUGGUGCUCCGGUCCAACCCAUCGAUGAGGACAUCUAUGAAGAGCUUCCAGAGGAUUCUCCACCAAACCCUGCCCCGAAGGUGGAACCACUGUCCAAACCAGCUCCUCCUCCUCCUGCUCCAGCCGUCGAUAAGGCCACAGACUACCAGAACUACUACCAGGGUCUGUGGGACUGUACUGGAGACCAGACUGAUGAGCUGACCUUCAAACGUGGAGAUCCCAUCUACAUCCUCAGCAAGGAGUACCAGAACUAUGGCUGGUGGGUUGGAGAGAAGAAUGGAAAUAUAGGAAUUGUCCCUAAAGAUUACCUGAUGCAGCUUUACAUUUUGUAAAUACAAACCAUGCUUGACCCUUCCUUGAUGGAACAACUUUUAACGUCACUGUAGGAAAAUGAUCCUUUCUACUCUCUGCCUCUCAUUUCUAUUUAUUUUCUGUUUGACUAUUUUUCCUCCUCUACAUUCCAAACUUUGCUUCUGGCCAUAAAAAUGAAUAAAAAUUCAAUUAUAA